UGGUGAAAAAGACACGUUUGUAACAGUGCUUCAGCCUUCGCUUGGUGCCAUGAAGCUUCCUGCAGCGGCAAUCGCUACCGCCUGCCUUGUGCAUCUCGUCCUGAUUUCACGAGCGUCCAAUGAGGCUUGUGAGGAAGACAGUUUGCUCCAAACUUGGCAAGAAAAAAGUGCCAGCUAUGGACACAUCACCGCUGACCAACUGGAUGAUGCCGUUUGCCAAGGACCUGUUGUGAAGCCAGACUAUCAGUGCUUUUCUCGUGUGAUCAUCCCGGACCCAAGGAAGGUUCAAUACGGCUAUUGCCUCAAUGGAGAGUUCCACAUGUGCGGCUACAACAUCCCGUCCACUUGCAAUUCCGCUCGGAGGCCUCCGUGCGUGAAUCAACCGACGCUUGCCCCGACCACGACGACCACAACGACCACAACGACCACGACCUUUGCUGGAGAAGAGCUGGAGCUGAAGACCUCUUGGAAGAUCGGAAGCACAUGGAACUUUGCUUGCUUGACCUACGACACGAUUCACCCGGGCAGGAACGUCUUCGGAAUGCAUUGUGGUGGCGCAGCAGCACAGCUUUGGGGCAUCCCAGCAGGAGAGGAUCGACUUCAACUGAUGCUGAACGGACUUUGUUUGACAGCAGUGGAUGCCCCGGCCAAUAACUUGACGGAUGUCCUGCACAAGAAUGUGGUGCUGGAUCCUUGUGACUCGGGUUCCACGGCGCAACAGUUCCAGUGGCAGGAGAAUGGCAUCGUCAAACUGGGGACUGACAACCUGUGUUUGGACUGGGAUGUGGCUGGCAUCUAUGAGAAGGACAAUGUGUACAUGUACACGUGCAAUGGUCAGACCAACCAGGUGUGGUAUCAGAUCCUGCAGCUGGGAAGAUUGCAGACCUCGUGGAAAUUCAACUCAGGGAGAGUUGAACUCCGUUGCCUCACUUACAAUGAGCUUGAUGUGAAGGGCGGUGAUUGCGACACAGCUCCAAGCGUGUUUCGAAGCAAGACACAACAUCAUGCCCAGAUGUUCGUCGAGUCUGGAGGACAGUUUCUCUGCCUGACCGCGUAUCCCUUUGAAAACCUCUUGUCUUGGAAUGAUACGCUCAAGUUGAUGAGGAAGAAGGAAGUGGAUUUGAGCCCAUGCGAUGCCAGCAACAGUGCUCAGGCCUUUGAGAUGACCAAGAGCACGCAGAUCAAGUUGCAGAAUGACUCGGGUCUCUGCUUGGAUUGGAACGUCGGUGGCAAGUUUGGCCGCCCCGACGAUAUCUACCUCUUCGGGUGCACCCCGAAUUCCAACCAACGCUGGACCCAACUGAGUUAGGGCCAACGUCGGGGACCACGACGGCGAGACGGCCGCCGGGAAGGUGCUCUGCUGGCUGAGAGCUCUUCUGAGUGGGAAUAUGGCAAACCAAUAUCUAAAAACUAAAUACGUAUGGCUUGAGGCUUGAGGGGUUUCAUGAGGCUCAACUGCCCGGGUGCGUCCUGUCGCUGCCAAGUUGGGCUGCACAAGCUAGCCUCGCAGCAUUUUUGGGAGUUUGUCAUUCCUGACACCAGACUAAAGAAAUC